AUGGCUAUCGCAUCUCUGGAAAGGGAUGACCAUGGCAAUCCGAGAUUCCGAGGUUGUACCAGCAUCCGCGAUUUUGAGUUCUUGGGCAAGCUGGGAGAAGGUACCUUUGGGGAGGUUUACAAGGCACGUUCGAAGAAAGAUGGGUCUAUAGUUGCACUAAAGAAGAUUCUCAUGCACAAUGAGAAGGAUGGUUUUCCUAUCACGGCCCUUCGUGAAAUUAAACUGCUGAAGAUGUUAUCGCACCGCAACAUCCUACAAUUAAAGGAGAUGGCUGUGGAACGAAGCAAAGGGGAUGGACGUAAAAAACCAAGCAUGUACAUGGUGACUCCUUAUAUGGAGCAUGAUCUUUCGGGGCUGUUGGAGAACCCGGCAGUGAACUUCACUGAACCUCAAAUAAAAUGCUAUAUGCUUCAGCUUCUUGAAGGACUUAAAUACCUGCACGCUGCCAACUUGUUGAUAAGCAAUAACGGCGUACUUCAGAUUGCGGAUUUCGGCUUAGCUCGGCCAUAUGAUGAGCCUCCGCCUCAGCCCGGAAAGGGUGGAGGGGAAGCUAAAAGAGACUAUACCACAUUAGUUGUUACACGGUGGUACCGGCCCCCGGAACUCCUCCUUCAACUUCGACGUUAUACAACGGCUAUCGAUAUGUGGGGUGUUGGGUGCGUUUUCGGCGAAAUGUUCAAGGGGAAACCGAUUCUGGCUGGAAGCAGCGAUCUCAACCAAGCCCAGCUGAUAUUCAAUCUUGUUGGAACACCAACUGAAGAAAACAUGCCCGGUUGGGGUUCUCUACCUGGCUGCGAGGGCGUGAAAAGCUUUGGGUAUAAACCAGGCAGUCUACGUGAGGUAUUCAAAGAUCAAAGUCCUAUGGCCAUAUCCCUGCUUGAGGAGCUUCUCAAGCUUGACUGGCGGAAAAGAAUCAAUGCUAUUGAUGCAAUAAACCAUCCCUAUUUUUCCAGCCCGCCAUUCCCUGCCCGACCUGGGGAGCUCCCUAGUUUUGAGGACUCACAUGAAUUUGAUAGGAGACGUUUCCGUGGACAACGAGGCGCCAUUCCCCCGGCACCUGCAGGGGGCUCUGUGGACCAACGACAGACAACAGAAAUAGCCGUAUUCCCGGUGCUGCACGCGUUGCCCGGCUCCCUGCACACGUGGUUCAAAAUCAUCCUACAAAGCGCCCUUUUGAAAGCCGGAAUGCUGUAUCGCAUGGGUCUUCAAACGCGGGGGAGUCGUUUCCAGGCUUCUCGGGUUCAAAAGAUGGCGGCUUGCCUCCUAAACCUCCUGCGUCUGCUCGUCAAUCAUGGACCAUGGGUCAUUCAAAUAGGGCGACACGUGAGAGAGGUCAACGCAAUCAUUUUGGAGGAUGGCCUGAUGGGAAACUGGAUUCGUACAUCCCGACUUACAGUGACGCUAGUGAACAUUCUCGAGAAAGGAAAGGCAAUAGCCCGAGUUCCAUUGUUGAUCGGCGUGAUCUGGAACUUGAACAAUCUAAUGAGGGGCAUAAACAGGGUCAUCCUUGGGACCGAUAUUCUUCAAGAAGACGAAGCCGGAGUCCUGACUCUCGAGCGGCUCGAACAGAGGAUCGAGCAUUGUACCGACGAUGAUAAGCUCGUCCUUGUGAGAAACUGA